UAUUCUUCCCCUGUUUCACCCAUCGAUACUGCGCCGCAAAGCUUGCCUUUCGCUCCCAGCUUUAUCUGGCUUUGGUUCGGGAUCUUCAAAGCAGAAACAGUUAACCAACGUCUCGGGAUGAAACGUUAGCAAGAUAAAGUGGCUGCCUUUCGCCCCGUCACUGCGUUCAACAAAAACGACAACAAGCUUCAUCUGGUCUUUGAAUAAAAGAAAAAGAAAAUAGAAUUUGUUCUGCUGUCGGCUGAGAAGAGUACAGGCGUAAAUGGCUGGGGCACAGCCUGGAGUUCAUGCACUGCAGCUCAAACCCGUCUCUGUUUCAGAGAGUCUGAGGAAAGGCAACAAAUUCAUGAAAUGGGAUGAUGAUUCAACAGCUGUGACCCCUGUGACCUUGCGUGUGGACCCACAGGGCUACUUCCUGUAUUGGACGGAUCAAAACAAGGAGACUGACCUUCUGGACAUCGCUUAUAUCAAGGAUGCCAGGAGUGGGAAAUACACAAAAACGCCAAAGAAAUCUGGCUACAGGAACUUGGAAGUUGACCGCUGUUAA